AUCCCCGAGAUUACUGGUACUUACUGUUUUCAAAUUGAAAUGGGAAAAGCAAAAAAAGAAAAAAAUCGUAUUUCCAAAGAAAAAAGUCAAAAUGGUGAAACUGGAGCAUCUCUGGCAAGUAACUUAAAGGUCAAGGGCGAGAAUUUUUACAGGGAUGCAAAAAAGGUCAAGUUCGUCAACAUGCUUAAAGGGGGUAAAGCGAAAAGAAAUGCAAAGGGAAAGAUCGUUAAAUCGGCACCGUAUCAAAGUCGCGAAGUGAUCACCGCAAGGGUACAACCAGAUAGGCGCUGGUUUGGAAACACUAGAGUUAUCGGUCAAAAACAGUUGGAGGCAUUCAGGGAAAGUUUAGGUGCAAAAGUUAAUGAUCCAUAUCAAGUGCUACUUAGACAGAAUAAAUUGCCAAUGAGCUUAUUGACCGAUGCUGCAAAGAUGGCACGAAUGCACGUAGUGGACACGGAAUCCUUUUCGGAUACUUUUGGACCCAGGGCUCAAAGAAAGCGCCCAAAGUUAAAAGUCGAUACAUUAGAAGACUUGGCAUCUACCACAGGGCGUUCCUUGGAAAAUUACGAAGAAAAAAAUGAUUCGUCGCUUUUAUCCAACUUAAUCACUGAUUGGAGUAAUGAGGCAAGGGAUAGCUUAUUUUCCAAAG